AUUAAACAAAAUGUGUCUACUGUUGCAAGUUUGGUCUACGAAGGGGUGAAAACUGUUGGCGAUAAAGUUGCUACCUUAUCAAGACACAUGAGUGGUGGCUCAGAUAACAACAGUGAUUCUUUCGAUGAUUUUGUGACUGAUGAUUUCAAUUUAUCACAUGCCAGCAAUACUUCCAGUGUAAAAUGUGAGUGGUCAUGCAGUGGAGGAUGUAGUGAGGUGUCAGACCGCGGCGUAGCGGAGCGGCUGGCUGGGAUACUAGCUCGAGGUGCUCGACUGAUCAAGACUGAAGUUUGGACAUGGGGAAGUGUACAACAUGGCCAGUUGGGCACGGGAGAUAUGGUCAAACGUCACAGACCAGUGUUGGUGAACCAGUUGUUGCACGGUGGAGUGGACCGGAUAGUGUGUGGGGACUCCCACUGUCUCGCCAUCACGUUGACAGGCAUGUGCUACGCCUGGGGAGCUAAUGACAGCGGACAGGUCAGUGCGGUACAGCGAGGCACAGAUCUGAGCUGCCCAGUGGCGUGGGGUCACGUGGUGCGAGCUGCGGCCGGCACCAGACAUUCGGUGCUCAUCGCUAGCGACCACACACUUCACUGGCUCGGGAAACACAGGAAUGAGGACAUGGCAGAGUACGAUAUGUUGGACAGCGAGAUUCCACUGCACGUCAUGUGUUGUGGUGACUUCACCUGUAUCGUGGCCGGCUCACUUGACAGUGAUGUAGCCUCCAGCACGGACCUCGCUAGCGAGCAGUGCUUCUUGGAGGAGAUGCUCACAGUGCAAACCUCGGUCCUCAAACCACUAGCGAGGAAGUCUAACCUAGAUGACAUCAUUGCUAACUUGUGUUCCAAAUACACAGAUCUGUUACAACUAACUUGCCGUAAAUGUGACGUCCAUGUCUCAAGGCAACGAGCAGUUUUCAAACUGCUACAGGAUCACAUGGAUGAGUAUUUACAGGUGUAUGAUGUCUAUUUGGGCGCGGUCCCUGCGAUUAUGAUCGCCAUGAGCGGGUUCUCACAACUAGCUCGUGUCGUAGACAUCCCUCCCAGGCUGGUGGCCAUCUUCUCCGACAGGCUACCGUCUCGCAAGACUUCCCCUGAGGCAAUACUCACUUGCGCUUUCACACAUCCCCUCAACAGGGUCUCUGUUUACAAGAUGAUGCUGUCGCGUGGACAGAGCCCUGUGCCUCCAGAAGCGCUCAAGUGGGAACAGUUCUGUGACAAACAAGACACGAUGCGCAAGCAGGCCGACAGCACCAGGAUGUUCUGGGAGAGUUGUGGCAGACUUGUGGAUAUCCUCAGGACACCUCAGCGGAGACUGAUGAGAGAGUCGAGGUCACAUCCGCUGACGGUCCAGAAUGUCUCCAGGUUCUCCAGUCAGUGGUUGAUUACUGCUGUCUGA